AUGACAACAGUAAAAUUUGGUGCACAAACUACCGCACUUGAAGUCGUCAAAGGACUUAGUGCCAACCUCGAUGGUAAAGUUGUAAUUGUUACCGGUGCAACAUCAGGUAUUGGCGUUGAAACAAGUCGAGCAUUAGCAGCCAUCAAUGCUCAUGUGUUUAUCACUGCAAGAGAUAUGAAUAGAGGAGAAGAAGUUGUUGCAGAUAUUAAGAAAACAACAGGCAACAAUAAAGUCGAAGUGUUAGAACUUGAUCUUACUUCGCUACAAUCUGUUCGAACUUUUGUUGAUCAAUUUAGAGCACGUAAACUACCAAUUCAUAUUCUCAUCUGUAAUGCUGGUAUAAUGGCAUGUCCAUAUUCAAAGACAAAAGAUGGAUUUGAAUCACAAUUUGGUGUUAAUCAUCUUGCUCAUUUUCUUCUUGUUACUUCUCUUUUACCUGAACUCAAAGCAGGCAAACCAGCACGUGUUAUCAUGGUUAGUUCAGUACUCAACAAGACACAAGGUAUUAAUUUUGAUGAUAUUAAUUGGGAGAAAAACUAUGACAAAUGGUUGGCCUAUGGUCAGAGUAAAACUGCUAAUAUCUUGUUCGCUCUGCAGUUAAAUAAGUUAUAUAGAUCAGAAGGAAUUCAAGCGUUCGCUUUAAAUCCAGGUGCUAUUAUGACAAACUUACAAAAUGUUUUACCAAUUGAAGAGCAACGAGCAAUGGGAUAUUUUAAAGAAGAUGGUACACUAGCGGAUUUUUUUAAAACUGUUGAACAAGGAGCAUCAACCAGUGUCUAUGCUGCAUUGGCACCUGAAGUUGAUAGUUCUGAUGGAGAGUAUUUGGAAGAUUGUGCCAUUACUCGAGUAGUGAAUGAAAACAAAAUGGAUUUUAGAGGCAGAUCAGAACAUUCAACGGAUAUGAAGGCAGCUGAACGGCUUUGGGCUUUAAGUGAAAACAUGGUAGCAAACAAGUGA